AAUAAAGCACGUUUUAAAUUGCAAUGUUGCCUAUUAAAGCAACCAAAACACUGCCGCCAAUCGUUCGUGCAGUUUCGAACAUCGAACGAUGCCGUCCCGCUCUAGCGCCCGACAGGCCGGGCGAAACCGCGUCGAGGGGGCAUUUUCGCCCGAGCGAGCGAACAGACGCACUCAUUUUUUCCCUGUCUUCUCGCGAGGAACAAAUUCUACCCCGUCGUGUGUGCGGCAGCCAUCUUUAUUUUGGAAACGUGAAUAUUUGUCAGCAUUCACGGGUUUAGCACGGGCAAUUUUGCGGAUCGUCGGAAGCGUGUUUCGUGUCGGCGAGUGGGAAAUCGAACGGUAAACGGUGCGAAAGUGGUCAGAGUGGUGUGCCGUGGGACAAUCUGCGGAAGCACACCCCACUGCGUGAAAAGCCAAGCGGAACGGAUCGAAAUAGCAAAAAAAAAAGCAAGCGAAGAAGUGUUCUCGUUGGUGUGCGUUGGUGUGCGUGCGCCUAUUCAUCUCGACGAGCAGAGGCAAACACUGCACAGCACAGCUGCAGGCAGGCAGGGCAACAUUAGCACAGAACGGCAAAGAAGGAAAUGCGCCAAUGUUUGUUUCGCGUGCUGCAUCCCAGUUCCCUAUUUUGAUACGCCACAAGCGGAUGGUUCGUGUGUCGUUCGGAACAAUACACGGUAUGCGGAGUAGCAGCGGACAGUUGAAAGGAUUCCCCCUGGCUCUCGUUGCGGAGCUUUAAACGUACAACUGGGGAUUCUUCACACAAACACAUAUACGUACGCAUUUACACACAAGCGACGAAACGGAAAGUGUGUGUUGUGUUGUGUGGUGCGGCAUACCGUUCUAACGCAGUGAAAUAAAGCAAUAGAGGCGCAUUCGGUGAAAAGCUCAACAUUCUUCUCCCCCUGUUUGGUGCAUUCACAACAACCUGCAAGCGGCAGCGGAGGCGCAUCGCACACGAAUCCCCUCGGGGCACUAACUAGAGCGAACCCGGAGGAAGCGCGCGACGUGUGUGAGGAUGUUGUCAUCGGGCGCAUCGGAAGAACUAAAAAUAAUUCUUUAAACGCCGGCGGCACAACCAGGAAUAGAACGAGUUCUUGUGUGUUUUCUUUUUCCCGCAUCGCCCGCAUGCUAAAAUAGUGGCGUUUUGUUGGGACAUCAAAGUGAGUGUGUGUGUGUGUGUGUGUGUUUGAGCAAACCGAAAAGGACGAAGUUACGAGGCACAAAAAAACACACAGCGCUGCCAACGAUUACACACGCCAAGCAACCACUACUACUACCACCACUACACAAGCAGCAAAGGAUCACACGCAUACAAACGCAGCACACAAAGGAAAACCCCUGCACGGUCAGCAGCUGUCGUCGCUUGCCUCCCCACCAUCAGGCUCUUCGUCACCCAGCCAGGAGCCCAUUGUGUGCGUGCGUGCGUGUGUGCGUGUGUGGCAAAAGAAUAAAGGAUUAAAGCCACACGACACCAACCACCGCUUUUGUUUAUUGUGCGCGUGUGUGCGUGCGUACGUGCGAGUUCAUGCCGUUCCACCGUUGUGUGUGCUAGUGUGUGUGUCGGUGCGUACGAAGGACACUGUGGUACCUUCGAACAAAAGGGUCCAGCUCGAAGGAGGAGAUAGCAAGGCCACUCCGUGGGGGUGCGGGCGUGUGUGUGCGUGUGUGUGUGAAGCUGGAGUGCGGUGCACCGGUUUACGGGCCGGGCUUACGACGGGAAAGUGCAGUGGUACGUCGACCCACUGGAGGAGCUACUGAUGAUGUCCUCCCAUCAUCAUCUGCAUCACUCGCACCAUCAUCAGCACGAUAACAUCAUGUCUGAGGUGGAGGUGCCGGACGCGAACAUCGUGGAGGAGGUGGACGGCAGUGCCGGGUUCGGGGCGGAGAUCGACUACGACCAGUACGGCGGGGUGGACGGCCACUACGAGGAGGUGACGUGCGAGACGGAAGACUCGCAGGGAGGGCUGAUGGGGCACCAUCACCAUCACCAUCACCAUCAUCACCACCAUCUCGGGCACCCGGGGGACGACGACGAGGAGAUACUGCAGCACGAGCCGGACAUUGGGCAGGCGGUGCACGAGGAGGUGCUCGAUUCGUCCGGCGACGCGCUGUGCGUGUACGGCGACAUCAAUCUGGAGAACGAAAUCUACAUCGAGUCGGCGACGACCACGCCGGGCCCGUCGUCCCGCAAGCGCAAAUCGCUCAAGCAGUCGCGCAGCGGCGGCGGCGGCAUGAUGAACCGCAUCCGGGCGAACGAUGGCAACGUGCACCAUCACAACAGCGGCAGCCACCAUCAUCACGGGCUGACGGCGGUGGAGCAGCUGGACGUGAAUCACAAGCGGCGCCGGUGGGAGCAGAAGCAGGUGCAGAUCAAAACGAUGGAGGGCGAGUUCAGCGUGACGAUGUGGGCGUCCGGCACGGACGACGACGACGGCUCGAACCCGGAGAUCGACCCGGACUACACGGAGUACAUGACGGGCAAGAAGAUCACGCCGGACAGCUGCGACAGCAUGCCGGGCAUCGAUCUGUCCGACCCGAAGCAGCUGAGCGAGUUCACCCGCCCGUCCCACAAAUCGAAAGGCGGCAGUGGGGGCAUCGGCAGUGUCAAGCUGUCCUCCAGCGCAUCCAGCUUGCUGCUGGCGGCGUCCCCGGACGGCCCCGGCAUGAUACUCGGUGGGGACGGUGGCAGCAGCGGGGGCGGCGGUGGCGGUGGCGGCGGACGGUCAUCCUCGGACGUGUCCGAUCGCAACAUUGCCUGUCCGCACAAGGGCUGCACGAAGAUGUUCCGGGACAACUCGGCGAUGCGCAAGCACCUGCACACGCACGGGCCGCGGGUGCACGUGUGCGCCGAGUGCGGCAAAUCGUUCGUGGAGAGCUCGAAGCUGAAGCGCCACCAGCUGGUGCACACGGGCGAGAAACCAUUCCAGUGUACGUUCGAGGGCUGCGGCAAGCGGUUCUCGCUCGACUUCAACCUGCGGACGCACGUGCGGAUACACACCGGUGACCGGCCGUACGUCUGCCCGUUCGACGGCUGCAACAAGAAGUUCGCCCAGUCGACCAACCUCAAAUCUCACAUUCUGACGCACGCGAAGGCGAAGCGCAACAGCAGCAGUGGCAGCAGCGGCGGCGGGGGCAGUAGCAGCCGACACCAGAGCGUGGCACAGGCGGCCGCCGCCUCUUCGCCGCAUCAUUCGGGCGCGGGCAACACCAUCCUGCCGCCGCAAGCCUUCGUCAAGAUGGAAUCGGUCGAGAUUGACAACGAUGCGUCGCAGUACAUUCUCUACACGGAUUAAACGUAACGUGGGGAGGGGAACGGGUGGAAGAGAAGAGUGCGCUUGAGCGAAGAGGGAGAGAGGGAGGCAGUGGUGCACAGUCGCGAUUGUUGAUGCACACGCACAUUUUGCCAUUUAUUGUGUUUGAUAAGCGCUCGGUGCGCGCUAGGACUUACUAGAGAGAAAGAAAGAGAGAGAGAGAGAGAGAAGAGAGAGAGAGAGAGAGAGAGAGAGAGAGAGAGAGAGAGAGAGAGAGAGAGAGAGAGAGAGAGAGAGAGAGAAUGCAGUCGAAUUUGAACGAGGACACGCGAACGAGAUAGCAACAGUGGUAACAAAACAAUUGUGAUAGAAGGGUAUUGAGGAUCACAACCAGUAGCCGGGAGCAAGCCAGUAGCGAAGGAAACAAAUAUUGCCCCAUGAUCGUUCAUUCACUAGAAGAGGAUAACAAAAAAGCCGUUGCAAAAAACUUUAAGCUUUCAAUGCGCAUUGCGUUGCGCACACCAACACGCACGCAUCAUCAUCCUCUAGUAGGCGCGUGUUUGAAUGUGGUUUGAUGCUACCACGCAGCCACUUUCAGUUUGUGAACAGGAGCGGGAGAAGGGUUUGGGUGAUUAUCUAUCCUCGAACAGUUUAAGUACUGUUGUGUGUGCAACAAACCCCCCUUUGUAGGAUUAUAGAGUACAAGGAAAUAGAGAGAUGUGCAUUUUGUUGUGGUUGGGGGCACUCUUGGGAAAUCCCAAAAUUAUUUGCACGCUACGCGGAUCCCGUUAGCGGCCGGCAUCUUGGGGCGGGGUAGGCAAAGAGAGCAAGCGAGGAGCAGAGCGUGCGAUACAGUCAUUUUUAGUGUGUAAGGAUAAGUCUCUUUCUUUUUUUAAGAAUUCCAACUUUCCCUUGUACAUACACAAUCUUUAUUCCUUACCAAACCUACCUACCUAACUACCUACCUCCCGCGCAACCCAUUUGCGGGAUGAAACGGAAAAGAAAGAGGCGACAAACUGCUAGGCCAGGCCGUGUGCGUGCAGUACAGGUACAAGCACAAAUGUUCACAAUGCGCACCUUCCACCUUGUGCGUUGUGCGAGAUUCAUCCUAGAGAUCAAAGUAGCAGUAGGCAGACAGGCAGUUGUUGCCUAGCACUGUUGUCUCCAUCGCGCCAGGAAAGGGGGGAUGAGAAAAAGCAUCCAGAGAAAUAGCAAAACAACAGAAAGAGAGAGAAAGCGAAAUCCCCGAUUAUAUUUAGAUGUGCAUGUGUAUAUUUGUGUAAGGUAAAAACUAACAAACAAAAGAAAAACCAUCGAUAAGAAACGAACCGUCGUACGAGCGUGGGGGAGGAAGGGAGCAACAGCGAGAGGGAAGCAGACAUUCAUCAAGAAAGAUUUGUUUUAUGUACAAAAAAAUGAAAGCUAAUGUAUCCACGACACA